GCAGCCGUGGCAUGCUUCUCGUUUCUUCUUCAGCGUAAACUUUAUCCGACGAACCCACGCUGCAACGUCUGUCUUUGUGGAUUUCAGUUGGAUGGGUCGCAGUUUCUUUUUCGAAGAUCGAAGUCCUCGCGGCGAAAUCGCUACAUCUGCUACUGCCUCUGGGAAGUCAUGAACUUCGAAAGUAUUAUUUAUCUGUUCUUUAAAUUUGUCAAUGGACCAGCGCUCUAUUUCGCGAGGUGUCUCGCCCAUUUUGUAUCCCUCACUUCUUCUUAGCACGCCCCUCUGAGUCUAGCACUACCUCCUGUCUGUUGUGAAGCUUAGAGCUCGUGUCUUCUAGCAUUUUCACAGUUCCUUCAUCUAUUUGUCCAACGAGAUCCAUGCUUCUUACAUCUUCUUUCCAAACCUCAUCGAAAAACUUGAACAAUUUCAACCAUAAGAGAACUUGCCUUAAUUUAUGUCCACACUCGUCUGCACUUUUCCAGGUAUUUGAUCUCGGUAUGAGAACGGUUAGAAUUUCGACGUUUGGCAGUAUUUUUUUGCAAAAGUGAGGAAUUUGGCUGAACGUUGGUUUCGCGUCGCGAGGUGGAUCCGCAGCAUUCAUAAAGGCAAGAUUUCUACUAGAAUCAUCUUCGUGGGCACGUUGUGGCCACGCUUGGCAGCUGGAUUUAAGUCGCGUAUUCCCUCGAAGCUGAACCACAUCCGGACUGCUGCAGACAACUCCAACUAUCUAAUUUAAACUAUCUAGUGAACUAUGUAGUUUAACAGGAGGUAGAAACUUUAAUUUUUGUGUUUGGAUUUUGAGUGUGAGUAACGGUUUUCCUUCUAUAGACCACUUCUAUGUACUAUAGAUUCUUGAUUGAGUUUUAUUCCUCUGGUUGUAGUUAGGAGAAGGAGUUUGUUCCAGCUAGGUCUAGAAGAUUCAUGACAUAUUUUCACAACUAGAAGUUGAAUCUUCUCGUCUAACCGAAAGCUUGGAGGAAGACUGCAAGGACUGCCAAUGAGGGUAAAAAAGUGCCUGGACGACGAGUGGGGGAAAAAGUACCUGGACGACGACGACGAUGGAUGUUGUAUAGAAAUAUGCAGAAAGAUGCGUAUUUGAAAAAGUAUAUGAGAAGACGGACCAUCUUCAUAGAACAAUAUGAGUUUGAUCGUGCAUGUAUCGUGCAUGUACCAGCUAUUUUGGAUGCCUAUCUAUGAUCGUGUAUAGAACAUAUUUGCGAAAAUCUUGGGAAUCAAUGCAGUAGGAGGUGUGCUAGUAGGAUGGAUCGUGAGGUAACAUGACAUGACAUGACAUGACAUGACAUGACAUGACAUGACAUGACAUGACAUGCUAGUGAGGAGGUGCCGUGCUUAGGUACUGUGCUUAGGUACUGUGCUUCCAUCAUCGUGUCUGAAGGUUCGAAUAUUGGGACACAGUUCCAUCGUCAUUGCGAAUACAAUGUUUGUCCGGAAAGGCUUAAUAGCAUCAAAUUCUGAGAAUGAGAGAAGAUAUCAGGCACUGACAUAGUGAGGAGAACGAGAGAAAAUCGCGCUUAGAGGUCGUAUGAGAACGAGAGAAAAUCGCUUCGAAGUCGUAUAGCAGUGAGAACGAGAGAAAAUUGCAUUAAAUCGUGUUCGCAUUAUGACCCUAUUUGUCGGGGAGGGAAAGAUGAUUCUGUAGUCUCGUUUGUACGUGUCAAUAUCGGAGAGAGAGCCAUGAUUCUGUUGUUCGUUGUCGUCUCGCUUGGUCUGAGUGUGUGAGUGGAUAUCGGAUGAGCAAAACUACGUCGGAGAUGUGAGACAGAGCGAUCCUCGUUCCUUAUGUUGGUCAGUCAAUCUUCGCACACAUGUAAUCAAUUCUCUUAGAAUUUACUGGUCAUUAUACGAAGCUGCUACGAAAAAAAAACUUCCAUUCCUCCAAAAAUUAUAGGCUUUUCUUCCUUCUCGACGACGAGAUCCCCGUUCUUGAUAUAAAGACAAAUCACCAAGUGGUUUUCAAGAGUAGAUAACAACAAACAACAACAACAACUUCUAGAGGCGACACGAACAUCAUCAAAAACGACGAAUCAUACGUACUUACUUACUCACGUAAAACAAUAAGAGAUCCUCUCAGAUCGUCCCCUUUUUCAACAUAAGCAGUACGUAGAACACAGCAAGUGUCCUUCGACGCUCUCCAUAUUCAUUUUUACAGCAUCAAGCACAAGUGUCCUCGCGACGCCAAAAACGAGCACAAAGAUGGUCCUCUCCUCCAAGACUGUCCUGAAAAUUGUGGCCCUGGGUGGCCUCAACGAAGUUGCCACCGGCAGACAGACUACAUUUAUGCUAUACACCGCAGACUAUAUUAUAAGUACCUGUAAUAUUGAAAAAAAGCUUGACGUUGAUUCUGAUGUUGUUGCAAGAAUAUGUUUUGCUAGACACACGACUAGUAGAGACGCGACUACUCGUGUCCUCCACCUAGUAGUUGACGAGCCUAUAACACAAGAAUAAUACUUCGUUCCUUUCUUUAUAAGCGAUUUCGAACGAAGAUGCUAUAAAUUAUGUUUUUUCUAUCUCACGUCUUUUACGUACCAACUUGAUAGUGGGGACCGUCGGAUAACUUGGUUAGUUGUGUAAGGGUUCUAAGUGAGCGGAUGAUAUGAAGUACAUGCUCUUCGGAGUUUAUACUUUCAAUUGUUUGUUUACACAGAAACGCUAGCACUUACGAUAUUAUCUCAUCGGAUAAGUUCACUGAUAGAUAAUCUUACUGCUAUCUCGCAAAGGUGCCGCGUUGUGAUGUUAUCACAGGCCAGGCAUCCGAAACCUCACCCUCACGUCUUCCUUAUCUUUUUCCUAUCCCACGCCCAUCCUAUCUACUUUCUUAUCUUUUUUCUAUCCCAUCCUAUCUACUUCCUUAUCUUUUUCCUAUCCCAUCCUAUCUACCUCUUUAUAUCUUUUUUCUAUCCCAUCCUAUCUACUUCUUCUAAUCACCUGCGCGGCAGCUCUGGGGAUCUGAAUUGCGACACUUUCAACAUUGGCGCGGUGUCAAACUGGAUCCCUAAAGCACUCUCUCUGUUAAGGCAGGAAGAUCAUUGGAUCGAUCACUAUUGUUCAGGACAUGAAGAAUCACUAAACUAUUUUUCAUCUGAAAUGAAGGUCCAAUCUUACUUCAUUGAGAAAGAGAUGAUUCAGGACUAUUUUUCAGGACAUUCAAGUAUCUUUCAAGAGCUUGCUUCCAUCCACGCACCUGCUUUUUCUAAGUGGAUCCACACCUAUCCUAUCCUAUCGUAUCCUAUCCUAUCCCAUCCUAUCCUAACUUAUCCGAUCCUAAACAUGUCGUGAACAUAACAUGAACCUAGCGUGAACAUAACGGGUACAUAACGUGAACAUCGCGUGAUAGCUGCUAAUGUUUGACUCCAUUUGCACUGAUGCUAUGAACGUGAACAAGGCAAACAAGAAGGCGGUGAUCGAAGGACUGUCGAAGAAUGACAAGAAGGACUUCUUGACCAGGAUGAAGCAGGCUAUUAAAAAACAGUUACGAAGGUGUCUGUCACUAAUAAAUAUUCGAAAACUAAGAAUAAGCAUAAGCAAGUAAGUUCAAGAAUAGGGAUAGGGUUCCACGUUAGCAGCUCUUCCUAGAUCACUUUACUCGGCUAUUUCAGUUUGUCGAAUAGUGUUGCAUCUUUCACUGCGUCGAAAAGCGACUUCUUUCACUCUUGUAAAUUGAUAGGGAAAACAACUACUAAUUUUGAAUUUGAAUCUGACUGCGUUCUUGACUUUGAAGAGUUCGGUGUAUGGGGGACAGGUAUCUAUCGCAGGGAAAAAAAUACUUCCCGCCUGAAAUCUGAACUAUUUUGAUUUUUCAAACAAUUAUGGUAUGCAUCUCUACGCCGAUGAGUACUUGUGAGCUUCUAUAGUGCUACACCUCUAAAACGAAAGAAGGCAGAGACAAAGGAAGAGGGCGAGCACGAGCAAGCCAUGGUGUUGAAGGAUGUGCGCGACAGUGGUUAAGGUCAACUUUUAGAUGUGUCCAUCUAAGGGCACGAUGCGUCAUUAGUUCUACACCUCUAAAUCUAAUUACAGGCCCUUUGCCUUGCAUCUUCAUGACCAUUACUAAUACUACGCAUACUAAUCAGUUUGCUCCUUCUAUACCUCAAGACCAGGUAUAUGCAGAACUGUAGUGGGCUGAACGGUUUAGGAAUAAACGGGCAGCACCAAUAUCUCAAUACUUAACGUUGGCUUAUCUUCUAUACCUCAAAACUGGGCACACUCCUGCUACUGCUACUACUGCUAUCCAUCAUUCUCGGAAUCUCGAUAGACCCCUUUUCUCCCUUCGAUUCUUCUCAUUGGUCUUCCUCGGUUCAUCAACCUCAUUGUUUUCUGUUGUAUUCUUCUCAUGGGAAAUAGAGGACCCCCGAGAUGAGUAGAGGACCCCCGAGAUGAAUGAAAGCAGACUCUAAAGUGGUGUGGCGAAGGUGUGUUGCCUGGAAGUCCCAACUGGACCGGGCAUUGAUGGGCCUGCGGGGUCGUCGUCCUGCUGCUAG